AAUUUUUGACAUGAGAUACUCUCUUUCAUCAUUUGUCAAGAUCAUGAAUUCCAGCCCUUUGAAAAUCUGAUAGUUUUCAGUUUUACUGUUAAAAUAUGACCAUCUCUGAAGAAGUAAGAGUUACUGUUUUAGUUGGGAUUACCAAUGAAAACCUAGAUAUUUAUCAAUACUAAAGUGACUGUUUUUGUUUUACUCUUUGCUAAUAGGUCAAAAUCCACUGAAGAUAAAAAAGUAUCCCAAAGGUUGAAGAUUUAGUGCAUGUUUGAUGAUCAGCUGGAACUUAGUAUUUAUAAAACCUUUGGAUUCCAAGCUUCCAACUGCAUUUACGCAAGGUACAACAAUGGAUCUUUUCAUAAUUCUGGUGAUUUAUCUUUCUUGUUUGAUUCUUUAUUUUCUCUGGAAUCGAAACCGUGCCAAAGGGAAGCUACCACCUGGCCCCACUCCUCUGCCAAUCAUUGGAAAUAUUUUGCAGAUAAAUACUAAUAAUGUAAGCAAAUCCAUAAGCAAGCUAGCAGAGAGUUACGGCCCUGUGUUCACUGUGUACUUUGGCAUCAAGCCCACUGUGGUGAUAUACGGAUAUGAAGCAGUAAAGGAAGCUCUAAUUGAUCAGAGUGAGGUGUUUUCUGGCAGAGGCCCUUUCCCAGUGCUGGACAAAUCCAUCCAGGGAUUAGGAAUUAUUUUCAGCAACGGAGAGCAGUGGAAGCAAGUUCGGCGUUUCUCCCUCAUGGUUUUGCGGAAUAUGGGCAUGGGGAAGAAGAGUAUUGAAGACAGAAUUCAAGAGGAGGCCUUGUAUCUGGUGGAAGCAUUAACAAAAACCAAUGCAUCUCCCUGUGAUCCUACUUUCCUUCUGGGCUGUGCUUCCUGCAAUGUGAUCUGCUCUGUUGUUUUCCAGAAUCAUUUUGAGUAUGAUGAUAAGAAAUUUUCAAUCUUGAUAAACUAUUUUCAUGAAAACCUCCUAAUUUCAAGCAACUCCUGGAUACAGCUCUGCAAUGCUUUUCCUCUUUUAAUACACUUUCCAGGAUGUCACAAUGUGUUACUUAAAAACAUUGCUAACCAAUGUAGGUUUAUUGUGGAAAAAAUAAAAGAACACCAAGAAUCCCUGGACCUCAGUAACCCUCGAGACUUUAUUGACUACUUCCUGAUCAAAAUAGAAAAGGAAAAACACAAUAAACAGUCUGAAUUUACCAUGGACAACUUGAUCAUUACUGUCUGGGAUGUGAUUAGUGCAGGAACAGAGACAACGAGCACCACCCUGAGGUAUGGACUCCUGCUCCUGCUGAAGCACCCAGAGGUCACAGCUAAAGUCCAGGAAGAGAUUGACCGUGUGGUUGGCAGACACCGGAGCCCCUGCAUGCAGGACAGGAGCCGCAUGCCUUACACAGAUGCUGUGGUACAUGAGAUCCAGAGAUUCAUUGACCUCGUCCCCAACAGUCUGCCCCAUGCAGUGACUCAGGACACUAAGUUCAGAGAAUACCUCAUUCCUAAGGGCACAACCAUAUUAACAUCUCUGACUUCUGUCCUGCAUGAUGAGAAAGAGUUUCCCAACCCAGAUCAGUUUGAUCCUGGCCACUUCCUGGAUGAAAGUGGCAACUUUAAGAAGAGUGACUACUUCCUGGCUUUUUCAGCAGGAAAGAGAGUUUGUAUUGGAGAAGGCCUGGCCCGCAUGGAGCUGUUUUUACUACUGACCAACAUUUUACAGCAUUUUACAUUGAAAUCUGUGGUUGAUCCAAAGGACCUUGAAACUGCCCCAGUUGUCAAUGGGGUGGGUGCUGCACCGCCCGUAUAUAAGCUGUGCUUCAUUCCAGUCUGAAGAAAGGUCAGGCCUCAUGUGAACAAGCCAGAUGCUUUCUGUCCUGUGUGUUAGCUGUA